AUGAUUGAUUUUACGAAGUCGCCUUCGAAAACUCAACCUCCAUUAAUUUUGAUAACCGUUGUGUUAAAUAUAAUGUUUUAUAAAGUCUAUUGUUCAACCACUGAAAACUCUAUCUCUGUAACUACAUGUAUUAAUGAAACAGAAUGUCAAAGUACAUCAGAGGAUAUAUUAAUAAGUACAUUGAGCACAACUGAAGAUAUUAAUUUAGUAACUGAAGUGGUUAAUAAUGAAUGGGAGUUAAACCAAAAUGAAAUGAAUACUACUAAGAAAGUUAACAUUUCGAAAAUAUUCCCAUCAUUCUAUCCAACUUCGGCGACUAAUUAUAAUCCUAUUAAUAAAUUAUCAAAUGAUUCUAUAACUGCAAAUAUUAAUAGACAAUUAAUACCAAUAAUUAAACGCAAUAUUGAUCCUUGCACGUGUGAUUUUCAGAUGUCAAGGUGUGACAUUAAUUGUUGUUGCGACAAUGAUUGCACAGAUUUUCAUUUGAGUGUAUUUUCACACUGUUCUGAUGAUAAAAAAACUAAAUAUGACAGUCGUUAUUGUUAUACCAAAGAUUUUAUACGUAAAAAUAAUACCGACUUUAUUUUAGAACGUAUUGCUGAUAAUUUAUUUUGUAUAUCACAUGACAACUUACCACCAGUUUAUAGUAAAAGUAGUGCAAUUAAAAUUGGAAAUAGACCAGAAUUCGAUGAUAUAUUUAAAGAAUUGGAGUCUAAAUUCACGUGGCUGCAAGAACUUGAUGUGCCUUUAAAUUUUAAUACAAGCAAUCCAUAUAAAGUUGGUGACACUUUAUGGACAGUUAAAUCCAAAUCUUACAAACCACUAGAAGUACCUAUAAAAGGAUUUACAAGUCAUUGUUCAUUCCGGAAAAGUUUGAUCUAUCUGGCAGACUCAAAAUCUCACUGUUUGCAAGCUAAAUUAAAUAUUAAUAACACGGAUAUUUUUACUGAAACUUAUAAUAACUUUACAGUUAUAUCGUCGCCAAUAUUUUUAAAUACAACUUCGUACAUCUCAUCAUUAAAUCAGGGCUGUCCUAAAAACAUUUGUAUACCAAUUGAAACAACAUAUUGUUUGAAAGCAUGGUCGAUGUGUAAUACAACAUCCCAAUUAAAACCAUCAUGCGCAAACGGUACUUGCAACAAUAUCGUCAAACAAAUACGAUAUACAAUAACACAUAACGGUACAAUGGGUAUAAAAAGUAUAAAAUUAUAUAUUAUUCUUGGUAAUUUUUCUGAUAAUUAUUACCAACAUUUUGAAGUUAAAUACGAGUGGGAUGGAUUUUAUAAUGACGACAUUGUUUAUACGAGCGGUAAUCCUGGAUAUAUUAUCAACAAACCAAUAGUAAUUGGUACAUUGAUGAAAUCAACUUCGAAAAAUAUUGUAACAGAAUUUAUUUUCGUCAACAAAACAAAUUAUCAACUGACUGUGCCUUUAGGAAAUAACAUAAAUAAUUAUUGUUCUGAUGAAAAUAGAUAUACAAUUAAUUUUAAUGAAGAUUUAAAAUCAAAGUGCCUUAUCUCAUUUGAAACAAAUAAUUUAACUGUCGAUACUUGUAAUGAAAUUCAUAAAAAAAUAAUAGCGAUAUAUUUUAAAGAAACAUUGAUCAAUGUAACGUCUAUCGAAAAUUAUAAAUUAUAUACAUCAAAGACAAGUAAUGUUACAAACAAUAAUAUAACUAAUUGGAAUCAAAUAUUACUAAAUAAAUUACCACCGCAAGUUAUCACUGGACAGAAGAUAAAUGACAAAAUAUCUUGUUGGAAUUUAAUAUCCUCUAUACAUAUUGAUAUUCUGUAUUCAUUGUUACCGAAACCUGACGAUGAUACUCCGUACCAUAAAAUUGUUGGAGUGGCAAUGACACUAGAUGAACGGAAUAUCACUCUGUCAAAGUGUCUUACAAUUAAUUGCACAAAUAUUAUUGAACAUGAAAUUAAUAGUUUUGUUAAAUUUUACGACGUGUCUAUACCAGAUAGUUACUAUUUUGCUGGUGGUCCUAAUUUAGAUAUUAGUUUACCUUAUGACUUUUUUUAUCCUUUCAUGAGUGGCUCUAGUUCUUACAAAUUAAACUUAAUUAUAAUUAUUGUUACUGUAAUUAUUUCUACAUUUAUUAUUUAAGUUACACAUUUUUGUACCUGCACCUUAAUAUUUAUUUAAUUAAAAUUUUUUAUUUAAAAAAAAAUUGUGGUGAAUUUUUAUUGUUAUUU